AUGGCGCAGUUUCAGAGCGACGAGCUGGAGUAUGUCGUCGAUGACUACUUCGACGUCGCUGAGUUCGAAGACAACGACGCUUUUGCUGAGAACCAGCUCCGUGGGAGCCAAGAUGCCGACUCAGACUUUGAGGACGACUUUGAUGAGAGCAAGGUGAAGACUGAUACUUCUGCUAUGGAAGCUAGAAACGGGAAAGACAUACAGGGAAUUCCAUGGGAGAGGCUUAACUUCACCAGAGAUAAGUAUCGUGAGACACGAUUGAAGCAGUACAAGAACUACGAGAGCCUCUCUCGCCCUCGUCAAGACCUCGAAAAGGAGUGCUUGCAAGUAGAGAUGGGGAAGACCUUCUAUGACUUUCACUACAAUACAAGGAUUGUCAAGUCUACAAUUGUCCAUUUCCAGCUGAGGAAUUUGUUAUGGGCCACAUCAAAGCACGAUGUAUACCUUAUGCAGAACUUUUCAGUAAUGCACUGGUCCUCUUUGCUCAGGAGAGGGAAAGAAGUACUCAAUGUAUCAAAACCAAUUGUGCCUACUGAGAAACGACCUGGGUUGUUGGCUCAGCCACUCUCUAGAGUGCAGAUAAGCACUAUGGCUGUUAAGGAAAACUUAUUGGUUAUUGGGGGCUUCCAAGGCGAGCUCAUCUGUAAGCACAUCAAUCAACCUGGAGUUGCUUUCUGCUCAAAAGUAACAACAGAUGACAAUGCCAUCACAAAUGCAGUGGACAUUUUCCAAAGCCCUACUGGGUCAAUGAGGGUAAUGGCUGCAAACAACGAUGCUCAAGUUAGAGUUUUUGAUGUCCAAAAUUUUGCUUGCCUAAAUCAAUUCUCCUUUGAUUGGUCCGUAAAUAACACAUCUGUUAGUCCAGACGGUAAGCUGGUUGCAGUUCUUGGUGAUAGUGCAGACUGCUUGAUUGCUGAUGCCCAGUCUGGAAAAGCCAUUGGAAACCUCAAAGGACACUUAGACUAUUCCUUUUCCUCUGCGUGGCACCCGAACGGACAAAUUUUGGCUACUGGGAAUCAAGACACUACUUGCAGGUUAUGGGACAUAAGGAACCUCUCAGAGUCCCUCACUGUGUUGAAGGGAAGGAUGGGAGCAAUAAGAGCCAUUAAGUUCAGCUCCGAUGGCCGGUUCAUGGCCAUGGCUGAGCCAGCAGACUUUGUUCACAUCAUGGAUACCCAGUCCGGGUACAUCAAGGGACAAGAGAUUGAUCUGUUUGGUGAGAUUGCCGGAAUAUCCUUUAGCCCCGACACUGAAGCUCUGUUUGUUGGGAUCGCUGAUCGCACAUAUGGUAGCGUAUUAGAGUUCAACAAGAGGCAUCACAACCAAUAUCUGGAAGCAGUGUUCUAG